AUGGAGAAAGAGCCUUUGAAAUCGACUUUCCCUUCAGUAUCCUACAGAGUCCUACAAAUUCCAAGGUUGCUAUUCCUCGGAUUGCGCGCUCCCAGUCACGGAACGCAGUCCGCCGUGCUAAGAGAGCAUGCCUGGGAUGCAGACAAAAAAAGGCCAAAUGUGACGGCCACCAACCAUGUCAUCAAUGUGUCCUUUUCGAAGCCGCUUGCGAGUAUGCCGAGGGGAAGGAAGACAGAAUCAAAAGAACUUGAAGAACAGAUUGAUGUGUACGACCAGUUGCUGCGGCGGUUACGAUUUAACGUAGAUGUUCAUGACCGAGAGGUGACCGAUAGGGUUCUCAAUCGGGUAGGCAUAUCCCUGCAAUCAUCGUAUGCAAUAAUCCCUGGCUAA